CACCACCACCACUUCAUUCUUUCAAAUGCAAAUUACCUUCUCGUCCUUCUUCUUACACUGCCAUAACGCACAAAAUUCCCACCCCCACUGUCUCCUGUCAUCUCAACAUCUGUUACGAUCUGAGCUCCAUGCUACCACCUUUGCUCCUUCUUGCUUGCAAAGCAGCGAUCUCCGUUCUCCUCCCUUCUUUUCUCGGCUCCGAUUCUCAGACUCUCAUAGGGGGUUGAGUUUUUUUGAGGAUUCUGGAAGGGGAUUAUUUAGACUGAAGCAUAAUUCAAUCAUACCAUGUCUGAUCAGGCUGCGGAUUCAGAUCAUGGUACUGAUGGAACGGGUGGCCAAUCCGUGUAUAAUUACAAAGCUUCUUGGAUUAGCCACUGGAAGCACACUAGUUUUAAGCCAUCUAUCAAGAAACAUAAUGAUUUACCACUUAGUAAUGGGCUUGACAAUGAUGGUUCUGAUCUUAAGCAGCAUGUAUCCCAUUGUGGGACUGAAAAGGCAACCCAAGGAUUAAGGGAAUUAUCUGAAGUUGGAAAGGUUGACAUCAUGGACAAGAGUUUGAAAAUGAGUGCUAUCAAGCUGGGGAAAGAAAGCUUAGAUGGUCAGCCCUCUCUGGUAUUUAAUGUUUCUCAGAAUCAGGAGAGUGAUGUGGCGAUAAACAAUAACUGGGGUAAAUCAUAUCCUAACGAGGUGAAAUGUCAACUUUAUCCCAGAAGUGGCAAUGAGACUCUUACUCUAGGGAGAAGUAAAUGGGUUCAUCCUGAAACUGAAUGUAAUCACCUUCAGCCUAAAGGCAUCUUAUGGGAUCAUGAGCAGCUGGUUAGAUCACAUGGUUUUCUUGAAAAGAACAGUUUAGCUGCUUCAACCUCUUUUCAGCCUGAUGUGAGGUCAACUUCUAACAUUGAGCCACAUGGAUUUAACAGUGAAGGGGCUGAAAUUCAAUCCUUCAUGUGUCACCAAGAAGAAAUUGACCAAUCAAUCCUUCGUGAGACCUCAACCAGCCAUAACCAACUGCCAACUUUUCUUAACAAACAGUGUCAGAAGGGAGAAGAUGACUGUGGUAUUAGAUUGCUUCAGAGCAGAGUUAGUCAUCCAGAGGUGAUGAAAUCGGUGAAGGGAUAUCACGAAUGCUCCUCAGUGCCAAGAAUUCCCUUUUCUGUUCUUGAUGUUGAGACUAUGAGAAUUCUCACCUCAAUAGAUUCAAUGGAAGACUUACCCAGUAGUCCACCCAAGUUUUCUCAGACAACACGUGAAUUUUUUAUUACAAAGAAGAAUGAUGUUAACUUGUCAUCCUUAGGUCAGGUUUUAAGAGACUCCAAAGACUCUUCCCGGUUAAAGGGGAAAAUGUCUGGUGACUUUCUAACUCUAUCUCCAAGUUUCAGUUUCCAAGGUCAGCAUGAUGUGAAUCUGCAACCACUAUGGAGGAGUUCCACAGAUAGUGAAGGAGGAGAAAAUGCUGGCAAUGUUAAAACUUCUGCUGUUUGUUUACAGAAUGAAUCAUCAACAGAGACUGAUGCUAUGGAAUUAGAUUUUUUCCAGAAGCGACAACUUUCAGGUAUCCCCGUGUCUCCACCAAAUCAGAAAAUCGAGGAGCCACAAAAUUCAUCAACAUCUCAAACACCAAUUGCUUCUGCAAGGGAAGAAACUGUAGAGAGAAUAGCAAACACAAACACUGAUUUACCUGACAUAAAUCAGGAGCCAUUCACUGUUCCAGUGGCGGCAAGCUUAGUGGAUGAGAGAGAGACUAGUCCAUCUAGAACUUUGAGUUUGGAUGCUGAGCAUCUGCUUUCACAUGCUGAGCAGCCUACAGAUUCUAAAUCCACUGCUUGUCCAGAUGCUCAUCUGGGAACAGAGCUAAGAAGUAGAUGGAUUAAACGUCUCAGGGUGGGCAGUUCAGAUUCGUUGGAUCAUGCUACUAAGAGAUCCAAAACUGGAGAAUCUUCAUCCCAAGAAAAAGUUAAAGAGAUCUUCAGCAAGAGCUUGAAAUGCAGCAUGACCAGUUCAGGACCCAGUGAAGGCAGAUGUCAAGUUAAACCAUGCAGAGCGUUAGAUCAAACUGUUAUGUUGCUAAAGAAUGGUGACUCCUCCUCUUCGACUGACUUGGUGAGAAAAAGUCAUGACAUUACUCUUUCACAUUCUUGGAUUCAGAGGUGGGCUAAAAAUGGAGCUGCAUCUCCAAAAAGGAAACCCAAGACCAUGGCAUUAUGUGAACCAAAGAGUUCAAAAGAAGCUCUGGAUGAAUAUCAGAAGAAGCAAUUUCCAAGCAUUGCAGCUAUGGCUUUGAUGGGUAAGACCAUGAGUGGUUUUCAUCCAUGUGAAUUUAAACGUAGAGGGUCUUUGAUUGUUUGGAACACGUAAGAAUCCAUGAGGAAAAUCUAGCUGGAGAAUUUCAAGCAAUAUGUUAAACCAAUAUAUAGUAAGUGAUGUACUAAUAAAAAAAAAAGGGAAGUGAUGCCAGUUCUCUCAGUAGGCAGCACUGCUUGAAAGGUGUGAUGCCAUUUCUCUGUCCAUGCAUCAGCAUCACACCUGCAGAGUUUUUAUUGGAUUCUGAAUGUUGCUUAGGGAAGCAUCAUGUUUUAUCUGGCAUCCCUCUGGGUGCCAAUUUUACCUUCAAACUUUGAUCUUCCUUAUUUAAUUUUGGUUAGAGUUUGAUGCAUUAUUGUUGAUAUUACACGUUGCUCUUGGCAAGGUGGAUCAUCCAAUGGAAUGUGAUGUGAACAUCAUGGUUCUGCUUAUACCUCUUGUUUC